AUGUCUCUCAUCCGAGUCGCAGUGGUAGGCGCAGGCCCAGUCGGGCUCACACUUUCCCACCUAUCGCUUAAGUUACCGAGCAUCCAAGUAGUUGUGUUCGAAACAGACAAGCCCCCGCACGCUCGCGAACAAGGCGGAAUCCUAGACUUGCAUUCUGAGCCUGUGAUAAUCUGUGAUAAGAAGAUCAUACCAUAUAUCGAUGAAUCUAGGACGAAGCAAGCUUCCUCCGGCGGAUGUCCUGAGACCGAUCGUCGCUCCCUCCGGGAAAUGCUUCUCGAAUCUCAUCCCAAGAAACAAUUCGAUGGAGCCAUCACUUGCGGUCAAUUGAUGAAUACCUUAAUCUAA